AUUACGUAAUGAAAAUUAUAUUGCAGAGACAUUUUGCUGCUGCAAUUCAUGCUCGUUUAUGGGUUUUGAAGGUGAUGUCCAACGUAUUAGAUUUUAUAGCAAUUACAUGGAGUCUGUUCCCUGUCCGAGAUUGAAGUUAAAUCUUUAAUGGUGUAACCCAAAAUAUCAAUGGCAAAGCAAUGCAUUAACCUUGACAUUGACAAGGUCAAAACGAGUUGCUGGCCCCACUUUCUUCCUUUCAUUCCUGUAAACUCUCCUCCUAUCUCAAACCUCUAUUCCAAUUCCUAUUAUUAGAAUCGAAUCUAACACGCUACCUAUCUGCAUCGUUCAAUGCCUCCUCUCAAAGCCACAUACACUUUACCGGCAUGGCAAACUUGCCUUUUGUCAGGCCAGAGUUAAGCAACCGCAAACACAACCUCCCAAAAAAUAACUUACAGAACCACAUGAUUUCUCCGAGCAGCGGCUCGUUUCUAUCCGGAGCUUUACUAUUUCCGGUCAGUUAUGACCGCUGUUCGCUUCUUCCUUUUCUUCUCCCUUCUAAUUACCAUUUCUUUUCCCUCUCUUUGUUUCUCUCAAUCUGAUGUUGACACUUUGAUUAAGCUCAAGCAAUCUUUCCUACAAGGUGAUUUGAAUAGUUGGAUUCCGGCACCUGGUUCCUCUCCUUGCUUGCAAAAAUGGGUCGGCGUCAUCUGUUCCGGGGAGUCCAUUGUUGGCCUCCAUUUAACAAAUUUACACCUUUCCGGAACCGUCGACGUUCUACCUUUGCUUCAACUUCGUGACUUGAGAUCCAUUAGCUUAAUGAGUAACUCUUUUACGGGUCCAAUCCCGGACUUCAAUAAACUCGGCGCUUUAAAAUCUUUAUACUUAUCUCGUAAUCAGUUUAGCGGUGAUAUACCAAGUGGUUAUUUUUCAUCUAUGAGAUCUUUGAAGAAAGUUUGGUUGAAUGAAAACCAAUUCACCGGCCGUAUCCCCGAGUCUUUAAUGCAAUUACCCCAUCUCUUAGAACUCCACUUAGAUGGUAAUCAGUUUGACGGAACAAUCCCACCAUUGAAAACUUCGAAUGUUCUUAGAUCCCUUAACCUAACUCGUAAUAACUUACAAGGUCGAAUCCCAGAAAGUUUCUAUAAUUUCAGUGCCGCUUCAUUUGAAGAAAACGUAGGACUUUGCGGGAAACCGCUGCCGAAAGAUUGUCAAGGAGCUCCGCCGCCAGUUCCAAGUCCGUCAAGCAAAUUCCUAAAGGAAAACCGAAUCCAUGGCAAGGCAAUGCUUGCUGCCACGACCCUAUUUAUUGUACUGUGUUUCGUGGUAGCUUCCAUGGUUUCCACACAGCGUAGGAAGAAAGAAGAAUUAAGCAUUCCAAGGGGACGUCGAAGGGACGAGCUGCUGCCAACCCAUUUACCACCGGAAUCCUUCCACCGGUUGUCUGUCGAUUCAAGCGGGAGGGGCAGAUCUGGGUCAAAGAGAGACUCGACGGCGUCGCAGCCGACAAUCAAGAAUGCGAUGGCUGACUUGGUAAUGGUGAAUGAUGAGAAAGGUAAGUUGGGGUUGCAGGAUUUGAUGAAGGCAGCCGCGGAGGUGCUAGGAAGUAGUGGCGUAUUGGGCUCUGCGUACAAGGCUGUACUGUCGAAUGGAUUGGCCGUGGUGGUGAAGAGAAUGAGAGGGAUCAAUAGGCUGGAUAAAGAUGAGUUCGAUGCUGAAAUGAGACGAUUCGGGAAAUUGAAACACCCUAAUGUUUUGACGCCAUUAGCCUACCAUUUUAGGAGAGAGGAGAAGCUUAUUGUUUCAGAACACAUGCCCAAGGGCAGUUUAUCAUACGUCUUGCACGGUACUCGAGACGUGGUUCAUGCUAAUUUGAAUUGGCCGACUCGUUUGAAGAUCAUCAAAGGGAUCGCUCGAGGACUCAGUUACAUUCAUACAGAGUAUGCAACAUACGAGGUCCCCCAUGGAAACCUCAAAUCCAGCAAUGUUCUUUUAUCUAAUAAUUACGAUCCAUUACUAAACGACUAUGCCUUUGAACCAUUGAUAAAUGUCACCAAUGUCGCCCAAGCAUUAUUUGCUUACAAAUCCCCUGAAUAUCUCCAGUACCGACAAGUCUCCCCCAAAUCAGAUAUUUAUUGUCUAGGAAUUAUCAUCAUGGAAAUCAUGACAGGCAAAUUUCCUUCACAAUAUCUAAGCCAUGGCGAAGGUGGGAUCGAUAUCGUGCAAUGGGUACAACUAUCAAUAUUACAGAACCAAGCUGAAGAAUUGAUUGAUCCUGAGAUAGCGAACAAUGCAGGUUCAGUUGAUCAAAAGCUUCAAGUCCUUAAAAUCGGAGCUGCUUGCGCUGAAAGUAACCCUCAUAAACGAUUAGACAUGAACGAAAUCAUUAAUAGGAUAGAAGAGGUAAGUUAAAUCCUAAGACAGGCCUUGUUUGCCGUAGUGCACGUAGGUGAGACCGAAAAAGAGUAGCUGAGGUCGCUGGAAAGAUGGAGAUCCAGGCUUCGUUGUUUCCGGUUUUCCGUCGAAGAAAUACAGGAAAAGCAUUUGAAGAUCAAGCCAAAGAAAAUUUUGUCAUUGGCAUCUUCUUUAGUUACCAAUAAUUAAGCCAUAUUAUAUAUAUAUAUAUAUAUAUAUUUUUUGUUACUUUUAUCUGAUUUGUUUAAAAGUUAGGAUAAUGAAGAAGUAUUUUCAAGAAUGAUUAGGAUGUAAUCUUGAAGAAGUAUUUUCAAGAAUGAUUAGGAUGUAAUCUUAGUCAUGUUUUUGUGACACCUCAAUUUGUACUCAGAAAUAGUGAUGUAUUGUUGAUUUCAUUUAAGCUUCAUA